UCUCCUCAUCCAAACAUGCCGCUCGCGCGGAGCGAGCGAACAGCGCAUGAGGUGCAACACCUGUGGAAAGGUGAAGGCGGCGCGCGGACUCCGUGAACUUUGAACUUUAAACGCGUUUUUUUUGUUGUUGUUGCUUGUUUGUCAACAUGUGGGCGCGAGCUGUGCUGUGCGCGGCGCUGCUGUCCGCGCUGUGUCCGGGGAGGACGGAAGCCGAGAGGGACGCGAGGGACGCGAGAGGCGUCCAGGAGUCUCCGUACAACUCCAACAGACUGCUCGGCGCUUUGCACGAGGUCCUGGAGAAGCUGCAGACCAAGAGGAUCAACCCCUGGGAGAAGAAGUAUGGACAGGUCCCGUCUUGCGACCUCGGGGAACACUGCGCCGUCAGGAAGGGAUCUCGAAUCGGGAAGAUGUGCGACUGUCCCAGAGGAGCUUUCUGCAACUUCUUCCUGCUCAAGUGCUUAUGAGCCGCACGAGACUUUAACCUGUACAUUCACCAGAUAUAUACGAAUAUAUUUACAUGUCAAACUCUGUAGCUUCUAGUGUGGAAUAAAUCUUUACGUCAAUCAA